GUUAGUCGGCUAUCUCCGAACCUAAGACUGAGGCGCUGAGGCGCUUGGGUUUUUGGGGCUGCUCCGGGACCGGAAGUGCGUGGGCUGCCGGGCUGGCCCUGCUUACGGUUUUCAGGAAACAUGGAAGCGGCGGCGACGGUUGGGGUUUAAGCACUUUGUGACGGUCUCCAGGUGCCCUGUGAGAGGAAAGGGGAGGAUGCCACUGGAAUCAUCUUCCUCUUCGAUGCCACUAUCCUUCCCUACUCCCUUACCCUCAGUACCAGACAGUAUUACUAACUCUUCCCCACCCCCAAUGUCUUACAUCACUUCCCAGGAGAUGAAGUGUAUUCUUCACUGGUUUGCCAGUUGGUCAGGUCCCCAGCGUGAACGUUUCCUACAGGACCUGGUAGCUAAGGCAGUGCCGGGAAAAUUACAGCCACUGCUGGAAGGUCUGGAGCAGCUUAGUGUGUCUGGAGCAAACCGACCGCCUUGUAUCUUUGAGUGUCAGCUACGUCUUUGGGAUCAGUGGUUUCGAGGUUGGGCUGAGCAGGAGCGCAACGAAUUUGUCAGGCAGCUGGAGGUCAGUGAGCCAGACUUCGUGGCAAAGUUUUACCAAGCAGUGGCUGCUACAGCUGGUAAAGAUUGAUGGGCUUUAAAAUCAAAGAAGAUAAUCAUAUCUGAUGGAGCUGCAGCUUUACAGUGAGAACUUCAAAUAUGUCACUUAACAGUCUAGGGAUGGUAUCCUGAUCAACUGACUGACCUUGUUGACCAGGACAGGCUUGGUUAUUUCAACUUUAAUAGCCUAUCAACUGGACUCCCAGCAGAAAUGUUUUCCAUCUAAGUAAAUUCAGAUCAGUCAGCCUCCUAGCUUGCUCCUUUCUACAUGUCAAACCCUCAAGAACUCAAUGGCUUCUUUUGCGAGUAUAACCAAAAGGAACCUACAUAUUAUAACUCAAGCCUAUUGCUGGCCCAUGAGGCUAUAAAGUAGAGCCUUCCUGCUCCAGAAACAGGAGAGAAGGACGAUAAAAGGUCACGUUUUUAUAGUUUAACUGGAUUCAGAUGGCUGAUUUCACCACUCUUAACAGAUUCUGGCAUAAUUGUGUGACAUCCCAACUAAGCUUCCCUAGUGAUGAUUUUGUAAAAGUAUGUAAAAAUCAGGAGAGGGAGAUAAUUGUUACUCCUUCCAUGCUGAUGUUUGUUUGAAUCCAAAUAGCAAUGGCUUUUUCUAAAGCAUAUUGUGAUAUCCUCGGAGCUGGUAACAAAUACCUGUUCUGUAAGUUUGCUCUCCAAUAUGAAAACAAGUGACACUCUUUAUAGGUUGAAGUGUUUAUUUUUUGUAUCAAAAUAAAGAAUCUUCAGAACCAUAA